UACUCAGCCUUCCAAAAGACAACAUACUCAAAGGGUCGAGAGCAAGGCUGCUCGUUGAAAGUGUACACAUUUGGUUAUGUAUUCGUUCAUCGUCUUUGUGUGCACGUUUGGAUGUACAUAUUCUGGAAUUCCGUGGCUGGUGCCUGUAGGUAGUAUUCAAGGUGGGGUUUCUGUCUCUGUGUUUCCUGCUAGUGGCACCGCACUCCCACCACCCAGGAGACCGACGGCUUCCAGGUGAAGCGGCCAGGGGACGUGAGCGUGCGCUGCACACUGCUGCUAAUGCUGGACUACCAGGUGAUGGCGCCAUAGACACUAUUCACAUUACUGUCCGCUGAUGUGCUUUCCUAGAUAAAGUUUUCAGUCCUUUUAAUUAUCAGUAGUGCAUGAGGCUAAAAUCUAUUUAGAGGACUUACAAAACUCGAACAAAAGUGUCCCCAAAGCAGCUGUCAUCUGGCAGUUGUAAUAGUUCCUGAGGUCAGUCGGCUAGUAUUGACUUUGACCUCUCCCCAGCCCCCCCAGUUUAAGCUGGACCCUCGUCUGGCUCGGUUGCUGGGUAUCCACACCCAGACCCGCUCCUGUAUCAUCCAGGCCCUGUGGCAGUAUGUCAAGACCAACAAGCUGCAGGACUCCCAUGACAAGGAGUACAUCAACUGUGACAAGUACUUUCAGCAGGUAGACUACACUCUUCUAGUUCUCCUCUGGUACUGUAUUACCUGUUAGCUGUUGCCAUAGUACCUUCAGCAGGUAGACUACACUCUUCUAGUUCUCCUCUGGUACUGUAUUACCUGUUAGCUGUUGCCAUAGUACCUUCAGCAGGUAGACUACACUCUUCUAGUUCUCCUCUGGUACUGUAUUACCUGUUAGCUGUUGCCAUAGUACCUUCAGUGGGGAGAUUAUCCCUUUGUUAUUGGCUGCGUCCUAAAUUGCACUCUAUUCCCUAUAUAAUUCACUCAUUUUGACAAGAGCCCUAUGGGCCCUGGUCUAAAGUAUAGCUAUAUAGGGAAUAUGGUGCCAUUUGGGACACAUUUGCGCUUCCCUGCUGCUAGGUCUGUAUUCUGAGAUGUUACUGUCGUCCUCUCAGAUCUUUGACUGCCCGCGGCUCAAGUUCUCUGAGAUCCCCCAGCGUCUCACCAACCUCCUCCUGCCCCCUGACCCCAUCGUCAUCAACCACGUCAUCAGGUGAGCAGCUCACACUUAACACCUACCUGGCAACUUCCUGGUUUGAAUUGAAGGGUGAAUGUCUGGUCAUAAAAGGCAACACGAAAACGUUUUUUUUGGUUUUGUUAUGUUAUAAAAUAUAAAAAUCUAGCAGAUGAAUACAUUAGAAAAGCUAUAAGAUAACAAUGUGGGCACAGCGCUUCACAGUUAAUACUGUCCCAAAGGGCAGAUAAUCCAAUACAAAUGUAAAGACUGGGAGGCAAGAAUGCUGGUAAGAUACAGACAGACCACCAGCAUUCUUGCCUUCCAGGCUUUUCAUUUUGAAUACAUUUGAAAUGCUGCCAACAACCUCAAAGUCUCACCAUCCUUCCCUGCCUCUCCCUGCAGUGUGGACCCUAACGACCAGAAGAAGACGGCAUGCUAUGACAUUGACGUGGAGGUGGAGGACCCCCUGAAGAGCCAGAUGAGCAGCUUCCUGCUCUCCACCGCCAACCAGCAGGAGAUCGCCUCACUGGACAACAAGGUGGGACAACCACACAGGAAGGAUAGCCAAUCACAAUUACCCAAGAUGACCUUAAAGGUAGAUUUACAUUGCAGAGAUGUGUGACGACUAAGUACCGUCAGUUAUAUGUGAAUUAGAGUUCAGAGCUGUCUGACCGUGUUCGAUAGUUUUCUAUCUGAUUCUCCCGGAGAAUCUUGUCGCCAGGGUUGGAGACAAUUCAAUUUCAAUUACAGACAAUUCUGGAAGUACAAUGAAAUGCUUUUCAAUGGGGAUAUAUACCUUUACAUAGGUGUUGUGGCUUCAUGUUCCUGUGGGAAAAACCUUGUUCUUAACGCUGUCACCACCAUUUCUUACAUAACUAUUUGAAUGCAAAUUCUGAGGAAACGCAGUGACUCAAAUCAAUUGGUGUAUUGAAAUUGGAAAGUUAUUUUCAUACGCUUAGAGUAGAUCUGUGUAAGCUGUCCUCUGACAUCAGUGAUCAUUAUGGACCCCUUUAGAUCCAUGAGACCAUUGAGUCCAUCAACCAGUUGAAGAUCCAGAGGGACUUUAUGCUCAGCUUCUCCAGGGAUCCUAAGGGCUAUAUCCAGGACUGGCUCAAGUCCCAGAGCAGAGACCUGAAGGUGAGGGACACACACACACACACACACACACACACACACACACACACACACACACACACACACACACACCUACCUGACUAACAGUUCUCUCUGAUUGGCUGCAGCUGAUGACAGACGUGGUGGGAAACCCAGAGGAGGAGAGGAGGGCAGAGUUUUACCACGAGCCCUGGUCCCAGGAGGCCGUCAGUCGCUACUUCUACUGCAAAGUGAGGAGACACGUAGCAACCAAGUAGCAACACAAACUAGGAGUUGUGAUCAGCAUGGAUUCCCGUGGAAUAGUCAUAUUCUGCUUUGAAGCUGCUCUGUUUUACAAGUCUUCAAAUCACAAGCAAUCAAAUGUUUGAUUUAUCACUUUUUACAUAUUGAUUGAUUGACACUGUGUAUCCACUAAGGUAUAUUGAGGUCAGGUUGUCUUUGUGUUGCUGAUGCCAAUUCCCCCUUCCCUCUCACAGAUCCAGCAGAGGAGACAGGAGCUGGAGCAGGCCUUGGCCGUGAGGAACACC